AUGAACUUGUACUAAGUGCCGGCUAAUUAACGAACGGGGGCGAAGUUGAUAUCGCUCUCAUAGCGCGAAAUCGAAUUUUUUUUACCACAACGGUUUCGACGCGACCGCGUCUUCGUAUGCAUGUGUGUGAAAAAGGAGAAGUGAAAAUUUUCCAAUUGGCUUUGUUGCAUCGCGCGUAUAAAUGAGACUUGAGAGAGUAGGAGUCCAGAGGAAAAUCACGUCCUAUCAUGAAAUUGUAAAAUUUAGUUUAUCAAGAGACGUAAGAAGAAAUUAUCUUUGAUCUGGAAAUGACUUGUAAUAUUUAAUAUUAUUGUGCUCAGUGAGGAAAUAAAGUUUAAUGUAUCCUAAAAAGGUGAACAAAAUCACCUAUUUAAGCAACUUCUUUGCAAGUUUAAAUUGCCAAAACUAAAGCUUCAACAUGCAGUCUCCUUUUUUGCCUCACACAAUGGUGCAUGUAAUUGGCAGUUACCAGUCAAAUGGACAAUAUCAUCCUGCUAUGCAAAAUCACGGCUAUUACAAUGGCAGUCCCAAUCAUAUUCAUCCAGAUUUAAUUCAAAUUAAUCGUAAUGCUUCAAAUCAUAGUAGACAUCGCAAUGGACAGCAUGGAAAUUAUCCAUUAGAUCUUAUUCAUCAAUUUAAUACAGAAGCUCAAAAUAGUAAUUAUACAGUGCAUGCUAUAAACAAUUGGCAACAUAGAUUGAAUUCUCCAUUGAAUGGACCAUCUACUCCACAACGCAUGAAUGCAUCUCAUGGACUUCCCGUAACACCAAUACAAGGAAAAUUGAACUAUAGACCAAUGAGCGCAGGAUCUACAAAAAAGCAAACUUGGCAUAAUGGUAAUAAAUUAGGAAAAAGGCAUUCAUAUCAUGAUAUACCAUCACAUCAAGAAUCGCAUAAUAAUAGCGACAGUAGUGUCAGUUCACGAUCACCAACUCCAAACAAGCACCUCAAAAGUUCAAAUACAUGCACAGAAAGUUCAGAUGACAAAGAUUCCUUAUCUUCUUUGCCGGAGCAAAAGUACAAUAAAAAUAAAAAUUUCAGAUAUAAUAACAAUUAUUACAGAGGGAAUUUAGCCCCAAGUUUAUCUGCUGGAAAUUUGUAUCAAAGCCAGCCAAACUUACGAGAAUUUCCGGAAUUGACCUCUCGAAUUGCUACUCAAAAUCACCAAAACAGAAGAAAGUAUAAUCCAGUAAGGAUCAGUCCAACGUCACAGCGACUUUACAGAGGCAAAAAAAUUGGUGGAAGCAUGUACACAGAAGUCAAUGCUCUCCCAAAACAUGUAAAUUUUGUAAAAUUUAGUCCAGUAGAUAAAUUUCUUGAAAGGUCCCACAUGCUUCAGCCAAAAGAGAGGCCAAGUAAUUUGCUGACAGGCUCAGUUUAUGACAAAUUAUCAAAGGCUAUAUGGGAAAAGUUUGAGCAGAAUCAACUGACUGAACGUACCUUUUGUCAUAAAAUGUACUUAUGGAGAUAUCUUUUUUUCUUUAUCAAGACUAAAUUCCCCCAGUAUGGUUUGUACCUGGUAGGUUCCACACUAAAUGGUUUUGGGACUGAUAACAGUGAUGUAGACAUGUGCCUUCUUGUUAAAGAAAUGGUCUAUGAUCAAAGGACCGAAGCUAUUUAUCGCUUAGGGCAAAUUAUGUCGUGUCUCAGAAGAAGUGAAUACAUUAGCGGCUUGGAACUAAUUCAGGCUAAAGUACCAAUACUGAAAAUACGCGAUAACAAAUAUAAUUUGGAUGUCGAUUUGAACUAUAAUAAUGUAGUUGGUAUUAGAAACACUCAUCUUUUACAUUGUUACUCCCAAAUUGACUGGAGAGUCAGACCUUUAGGUAUUGUUGUUAAAAUGUGGGCUCAGUGUCAAAAUAUCAAUGAUGCAAGGCACAUGACAAUAUCCAGUUACUCUUUAGUCCUUAUGGUGAUUCAUUUCUUACAAUGCGGAAUUAGUCCUCCAGUUUUACCAUGUUUGCAUAAUCUUUUCAAAACCAAAUUCCAUCCUCUAUCGGACAUUUUUCAAAUUGAUACUCAAGAACAACUAAUUAUUCCUAAAGAUGCUUGGCAGGUGCAAAACAUGCAAACAUUAGGAGAACUUCUUAUAGAGUUUUUCAAAUAUUAUGAUUCUUUCGAUUUCGAUCAGUUUGCCAUUUCAAUUCGUGUAGCUGAUAAGAUUCCGAUUGAAACAUGUCGGUUUGUUCGAUCACUCAAGAAUGAUCCUCAUCAGUGGAAACAUCUCUGUAUUGAAGAACCAUUUGACUUCACCAACACAGCAAGAUCUGUUUACGAUCUGGUAGUGUUUCAAAAGAUCAAGGAUAUCUUCAAAGAAACUUACAAGCGAUUAAAGGAGAAUAACGACCUUAGCAGUAUCUUCACAAAGAUUGAUAUCAAAGAUUGAUGAUUUGGUUGAUACGCCACAUCAAUGUGGCUUCGGUGAUACUAAUGUAAAUAUUAAAUGAACGCGUUUAUUUAUUUAUGUAUAAAAACAAGGAGUUGUUCGAAAAAUAUCUUAAAAACGUCCAGUAGGACUUAAUGAAAUGGCACGAAUAAGGAAGAAAUCGGUAUUAUAAUAUCGCGUUAGAGUACACUUUCUAUACAUAUAAAUAUUCGUCUUCCGAAGCUUUAUUUUUUGUUAUACACGAUAUUUAGAUUAUAUUUUCGUCGAGGAAUUCCGCAAUCAUUAUUUUGCGCGAAGCAGGAAGUAUGCCUAGUUUCGGUAUGAACGAAUCGUACAUCUAUUUUUUGAUAAAGAAACAUUUUGAUGAUUGUUGCAUUUAUUCAACUAAAAUCUCGUUUAUCGACCAUCAUGAGACGAAUGAAGGCCGAUAAUACGAAGCUAAUUUUUUAUUUAUAAGCUUCAUGCACAAACAAAAAGUAAUACUUUUAGGUGAGAUUUUAGAGCAAUAAAUUUAUCUCAAAAUAAUAAAAUCUUGAUAUAAAGAAGAGGAACAAAUCGACCGAAAAAUGUAACAUAAAUUAAUAAAUAUAAUAAUGAGAUGGCUUUAGUUUGAUCAACAACUUAUAAUUUUUUUUACAGAAAUAACGUUGGAUCGAACUUGUGUGAGUGUCUUUGUGUUUCUUUACGUAAUUAAAUUAAUUAUUAUUAGCUUGAAAAAAAAAUUUAAAAAAAGUUAAAAAUCGUAAAUCUUCGGUAAAUAAACAUAUUUAAAAAAGUAAUUAAAAUAAAAAAAAAUUCAUUUGUAAGUUUGGAUUAAGUUAGAAUUAUUUGAAUGAACGUUUGAAAUAACUGCAGCUUAAAAAUUUUGCCGUAAAAAGAAUAAAAUUGAACAUUUCUUAUGACCAAAAAUUAACAAUUGCAGAUGUAUGUUAGUAUAUCACUUAUUGUAAAUAUACUUACAAGUUAUUCUUCAUUUCUCGAAACACAUCCGAAUCCGCUGCGGUGAUAAAUUAACGUAGGCUCAAUACACAUCAAAAA